AUGUGUACAAUUCCCAGCCUGAGUGAGUUCUAUGGGCCCGACCCCAAAUCCUCCCCUGACGACGGCCGCAUCAUCAACCAGCGCCACUUCAACCGCGUGAUGGCUCUACUGGAUGGCUACACAGCAGCUCUAGUGGAGCAGAGUGACGCGUCGCAGCGCUACAUUGCCCCCACGGUGGUGAAGGACGUGCCCCCCCCCCAUGCUAGGCUGAUGCAGGAGGAGAUCUUCGGCCCCCUGUUGCCCAUAGUGACAGUCAGCGACAUAGACGACGCCAUCCACUUCAUCAACGAGAGAGAGAAGCCCCUGGUGCUCUACGUCUUCUCCUCCAACAAGAAGGUGAUAAAGCGAAUGCUGGCUGAGACCACCAGUGGCGGGGUGACGGUCAACGACGUUAUGAUGCACUACACCAUCAACUCUCUGCCUUUCGGGGGUGUAGGUCAGAGCGGAACAGGCAGGUAUCAUGGGAAACACACCUUUAACCAGUUCAGCCACCAUCGGGCGUGUCUGGUCAAGUCCCUGGGCAUGGAGGAGGUCAACAUGGCGCGGUACCCACCCCAGAACCGCCAGAAGGCUCGCAGGGUCAGGCUGGCCAUGAGGACCCCACUGGUCGACUUCUCUAGGAAAACCUACGUCUGGGCCGUGACAACCACCGUCUUUGCUUUCGGUCUCUUGGUCACCUUGACUGCCAUCCUGCUAAUCGCUGGUGGCCUGAACUGCACCUGUUGGAGG